AUGGGAUUUGAUUUCGUAAAUAAUUCAAAUAUAGAAGGGAUAACAUCACUAAACAGCAAAGCUGCACACUUCAAUUUCUUCACCGUCCAUCAUUUCAACAUCACGGGCGUCAACAUAACAGCUCCCGGCGAUAGCCCCAACACCGACGGGAUCAAAUAGGCUUUUUCAAGCAAUGUUCAAAUCUCCAACACUCACAUUGGCACAGGGGACGACUGUCUCGCCGUCGCCGUCCUCUCCGGAAAUACUAAUAUCGAUAUCUAUAACGUCACUUGUGGUCCUGGACAUGGGAUUAGUGUCGGAAGCUUGGGAAAGUACAGUGACGAGAAGAACAUUGAGGGCUUAACGGUCAGAGAUACGAUCUUUACUGGCACGAGUAACGGUAUACGGAUUAAGACAUGGGAAUCUUCAACUAUAGCGAUUGUAGUUUCUAACGUCGUGUAUGAGAAUAUACAAAUGAUCGAUGUUGGAAGCCCUAUAACGAUCGAUCAAAAGUAUUGUCCUCACCCACCGUGUGAAAAAAUGGGAUAUUCUCAUGUUCAGAUCCAAGACGUUACGUUAAAGAAUGUUUGGGGAACGUCGAUGAACAAAGUGGCUUUGAAUCUUCAGUGUAGCAAAAGUUUUCCGACGCACAACGGAAUCGACGGGCCCGAAACGGCGUUAUGUGAAAACGUUGAAGGUUCUGCUUCUGGCAAGAUGGUUCCACCACAUUGUCUGAAUUGA